AUGUUUUCUUUGAAUCCCACCCAUGAAAAUGAUAGCAAGGGAGAUGGAGAAUUCAAUUUCUGGGGCAGUGAGUCGGAGUGCGGAGAGCGUUUUGAGCAAGAGUUUGAUGAUAAAUCGCUGCGGUUAUGGAACACGAGUAGAUGUAGAAACGAGGCGUACCCUCUACUACCUCAAAAUCAUGAUUAUAGUAAUAACAUAUCUAGAUCUCGGCUACGGGAAGCGAGGAAAGAGCUGAUGGAGAGAAUUUGUGAUAUGCCAGAGUGCGGUUAUGAGCUCUCGCUCAAGGACAUUGUUGAUCUUGAAGAGAAUAAAACUAGCACGACUGAAAUGAAGAAACACAAGACUCAAAAGUCGAAGAGAAGCGGCAAGUCAGGUCAGAUGUCGAGAAAUGCAAGUAUGGAAAAGGAAACUUUAAUGAUCAAGCUCUUUAUUCCCACUUCGCUUUUCUGCAAAUCAAGAUUAAAAGGAUCAAAGGUAGUACCUGAUCAAAGAAGCAGCAGAAGCAGCAGCAGUUCAAGCUGUUUCUUCCCCGCUUGCUGGCCUAUCUUCAGAACCAAGAGAAGACAGAGUGGACCCAAUUUCUGAACAGGCAUAAAAUUACAUUACCAACAAGACUUUUGAACUUUUGUGUUUUAACUUUCCUUACUAGCUUGUAAAAAAAAUAAAACAACUUCCCUUGCUAGAGUUUUGAUACA